AUGAGGGAAGAGAGCAACAAGAAGAGCAAGCUCUCCUGGUCGAAAUCCCUCGUGAGGAAGUGGUUCAACAUCAAGACUAAGGCGCAGGAUUUCCAUGCGGAUUGCGACGCCGCCCAAGGGAGGGACGGGAAUGGCGGUGAAUGGAGGACCAGCUGCUCAGAGAGGGAGGCAGGCGCAGCCAAGAAAAGCAGAACUGACCGGUCGUCGAAGCGGAGUAGUAUGGACCGAAUCCGAGGAGGAAAAAACGAUGUCGUGGAUGCGGCACGCCUCACAGAAGUUCAGAAUUACAGAAUCUUUGCCUCCACGUGGAAUGUCGGAGGUAAAUCCCCACCAAGGGGAUUGAAUCUUGAUGACUGGCUCCAUUCUUCACCUCCAGCUGAUAUCUAUGUGUUAGGAUUUCAAGAAAUUGUUCCUUUGAAUGCUGGAAAUGUUCUAGGCACUGAAGAUAAUCUCCCAGCGAAAAAAUGGGUAUCCCUUGUCAGGAGGACACUGAAUAAGAAUCCUGGUUCAUGCUGUUAUGGUGGCUAUCGCACGCCAUCUCCUGUUCCUGAUCCAGUUGUAGAACAAGAUGCUGAUUUUGAGGGAUCAUCGAGAAGGCAGGACAGUUUAUCCUAUUUGCACUGUCGGUCAUUCAACCUUAGCCGGAGUUUAAGAGUUGAAGGGAACCAUAUGCUGCCACACCCAAGGUUGGAUCGUAGGUUCAGUGUCUGCGACCCAGGUAGCUUGGGAGGCAGGCCAAGUGAUUUUGAUGGGAACUUCCCAUUCAUGGGAUCACCAGAUGAUCAUUGUAUCGAGGAGAAUACAAGCGAUGGAGCAUAUUUUUCACCCUUCCCAUAUGGCUAUGGUGCCUCUGCACCUAUGGAAGAAAAUGAUUAUCAGUCAAAUACAUCUAGGUACUGUUUGGUUGCCAGUAAGCAGAUGGUCGGUAUAUUUCUCACCAUUUGGGUACGCAGUGAAAUAAGAAGUGAUGUGAGAAACCUGAAAGUUUCUUGCGUGGGUAGAGGGCUAAUGGGUUAUCUUGGAAAUAAGGGGUCUAUAUCCAUAAGCAUGUCUUUGCACCACACAACCUUUUGUUUUGUCUGUUGUCAUUUGACCUCCGGUGAAAAGGAGGGAGAUGAACUUCGGAGGAAUUCUGAUGUUAUGGAAAUUCUAAGGAAGACUAGAUUUCCACAGGUCCGUGGUGCUGCUGAUGUCAAGUCACCAGAAACAAUUCUUGAGCAUGAUCGUAUCAUUUGGCUUGGGGAUUUGAAUUAUCGGAUUGCUCUUUCGUACUGCUCAGCUAAAGCUCUCGUUGAAAUGCAUAAUUGGAAACAACUAUUGGAGAAAGAUCAGCUACGGAUAGAACGAAGGUGUGGGCGUGUUUUCCAGGGAUGGAAAGAAGGCAGGAUUUAUUUUCCUCCAACAUAUAAAUACUCAUUCAACUCAGAUCGUUAUUCUGGUGUGCGUCCAAAAGAAAAGCGGAGAACACCUGCUUGGUGUGAUCGCAUUUUGUGGUAUGGUAAUGGCCUCAUGCAAUUGUCCUAUGUUCGCGGAGAAUCUCGCUUCUCUGACCACAGGCCAGUGUACAGUAUUUUCAUGGCUGAGGUUGAAAGCAUCCGCCACAGAAGAAGAAACAUGGGCUAUUUCAGCUCUAGAAUUGAGGUGGAAGAGCUUUUGCCAUAUCCAUACAGCUCUGGAGAAAUGAAGUUCUACUAA